AUAGUAAUUAUAGAAGAAAUACAAAACUGAAUACCACAUAAGAUGAAAUUAAAAGAAUUAUACAGCCAAACAAACAUAUAUUUUGAGAAAAGAUUGAUGUUGAAUUGAGCUGAAGACAGAUCAGAGUGGUAAACCGAUAACCCGAAAUCAAACUGGCAACUAAAAUAAAGUGGUGGUAAUGGUACAUUUAUAAUUAUAAGGAACUGACUUCUCGUGUUUUUUCCAAUUCAAUCAUCAGAGAUUUCCAAACCAUUUGUCUGAUUCGCAAUUAAAAAUGCCCCAAGGAACGCUCGAAGUUCUUCUUGUCGCAGCCAAAGCUCUUCCAGACACCGAUUUCAUCACCAAGAUGGAUCCUUACGUUAGACUGAUUUGCCGGAGUCAGGAGCAGAAAAGCAGUGUUGCUUCAGGCAAAGGAUCCGAACCAGAAUGGAAUGAAACCUUUGUUUUCACAAUUUCUGAAGGUGCCUCUGAACUCAUUCUCAAGAUAAUGGACGGUGAUAGAUUCACAAAUGAUGAUUUUGUUGGAGAAGCAAUAAUUCCUUUAGAGCCAGUGUUCACGGAGGGUAGCCUCGCCUACAAUGUUGUGAAGGACCAGGAAUUCUGCGGAGAGAUAAAAAUUGGCCUUGCUUUUACUCCGGAGAGAGUUGGAAGAGUUCAUACGGAGGAGAGCUACGGUGUAUGGGAAGAAAAUGCUUAGCGAUGACAUUGACAUUAUCAUUUGCAAAGUCAAAUCUAUACUCUUAUUUUGGAAAUUCCAACUCUCUUUCAUAUAUAUAUGAUUUCUUUUUUCUGAAAAUGAUAUUAUAUAUAUAUUGACUCACUUUUAGACUUUUGGACGUGGUUACUUCUCAUUUACAUUUUACACCAUUGCCUAUAUGAAUUGGCUAGCUUUAACGGAAAUUUCCAUUAUAACACGUUGAUAUUAUAAACAAAAUAACAAAUUAGUGCUCCAUUUGAAAAUUUUAUUAAUCUCUAGUAACAUUUCUUGACACACUAGUGGAACUUCUUCUCAUCAAUAUCUGCUAACGAAUCAAAAUUAGCAGCAG